GACCCAUUAUUUGAUUUUGCAUUUCACUGUAUGACAGUCAUUGUAAUAGCAAAUCACUCCGAUUAGAUUGCAUAGAUCGAACAGAGUCCCGGAGGCAGAUCUGGAGCCCGCAAUGUUAUGGCUUCGCUUCCAAUCGCUGUCGAAGGAAGUUCAAGCAGUGCCUUUUAUGCUCGUUCGACCCCAGGAGGAGGCCCUGUUGUAGUCUUUUGCACUUCAAUCCUGCUGAGGGAACGUGCGAUGUCUUUGAGAGUAAAGGCGAAUCACGAAACAUCCAAAACCGAAGCAAGAAGACAUGUCAUUUCAGCACUUGUAUGGCUUCUUGGAAAUAAUCAGUAUUUGAUUAAGAGGGACCUAAGAAGUGCAACAUUUAAGGAGAGAGAGUACAAGUAUAUAAAGUCCGGCGCUUCGGUGGCGAUCAUACAGUAUUGACUGACAGCUAAACGAGUAAGGAAACAUCGCUGACAUACAUACAUUGGAUAGAGGAGAGCGUAUGGGGGCAGUCGGACUCGGGGACAAAACAGGCUGAGACAUUCUGUGCAGGAGCUGAUGAAGAGC